AAGCCUCAUCCGCCAUCACUCCGGGAACCGAGCACUGCCUCGGCGCCCAGGCUGCUCUCCCCGCGCAUGCUCCUUCCCAGCCUGAGCCCGCGAGUCCAGCCUGCCUUCAUCCAGUGCGCAGGACCGCAGCCCCCUCCCCACGCCCCCUCCCCAGUAGGCGGCCGUCGCGGUGUGUUUGCGUCAUCGCGCCACGCCACCACUGAAGCCCAGAGGAAGAUGGCGGCAGCCGUUCUGAGUGGGCCCUCUGCGGGCUCCGCGGCUGGGGUUCCUGGCGGGACCGGGGGUCUCUCGGCAGUGAGCUCGGGCCCGCGGCUCCGCCUGCUGCUGCUGGAGAGUGUUUCUGGUUUGCUGCAACCUCGAACGGGGUCUGCCGUUGCUCCGGUGCAUCCCCCAAACCGCUCGGCCCCACAUUUGCCCGGGCUCAUGUGCCUAUUGCGGCUGCAUGGGUCGGUGGGCGGGGCCCAGAACCUUUCAGCUCUUGGGGCAUUGGUGAGUCUCAGUAAUGCACGUCUCAGUUCCAUCAAAACUCGGUUCGAGGGCCUGUGUCUGCUGUCCCUGCUGGUAGGGGAGAGCCCCACAGAGCUAUUCCAGCAGCACUGUGUGUCUUGGCUUCGGAGCAUUCAGCAGGUGUUACAGACCCAGGACCCGCCUGCCACAAUGGAGCUGGCCGUGGCUGUCCUGAGGGACCUCCUCCGAUAUGCAGCCCAACUGCCUGCACUGUUCCGGGACAUCUCCAUGAACCACCUCCCUGGCCUUCUCACCUCCCUGCUGGGCCUCAGGCCAGAGUGUGAGCAGUCAGCAUUGGAAGGAAUGAAGGCUUGUAUGACCUAUUUCCCUCGGGCUUGUGGUUCUCUCAAAGGCAAGCUGGCCUCAUUUUUUCUGUCUAGGGUGGAUGCCUUGAGCCCUCAGCUCCAACAGUUGGCCUGUGAGUGUUAUUCCCGGCUGCCCUCUUUAGGGGCUGGCUUUUCCCAAGGCCUGAAGCACACCGAGAGCUGGGAGCAGGAGCUACACAGUCUGCUGGCCUCACUGCACACCCUGCUGGGGGCCCUGUACGAGGGAGCAGAGACCGCUCCUGUGCAGAAUGAAGGCCCUGGGGUGGAGAUGCUGCUGUCCUCAGAAGAUGGUGAUGCCCAUGUCCUUCUCCAGCUUCGGCAGAGGUUUUCGGGACUGGCCCGCUGCCUAGGGCUCAUGCUCAGCUCUGAGUUUGGAGCUCCCGUGUCCGUCCCUGUGCAGGAAAUCCUGGAUUUCAUCUGCCGGACCCUCAGCGUCAGUAGCAAGAAUAUUAGCUUGCAUGGAGAUGGUCCCCUGCGGCUGCUGCUGCUGCCCUCUAUCCACCUUGAGGCCUUGGACCUGCUGUCUGCACUCAUCCUUGCGUGUGGAAGCCGGCUCUUGCGCUUUGGGAUCCUGAUCAGCCGCCUGCUUCCCCAGGUCCUCAAUUCCUGGAGCAUCGGUAGAGAUUCCCUCUCUCCAGGCCAGGAGAGGCCUUACAGCACGGUUCGGACCAAGGUGUAUGCGAUAUUAGAGCUGUGGGUGCAGGUUUGUGGGGCCUCGGCGGGAAUGCUUCAGGGAGGAGCCUCUGGAGAGGCCCUGCUCACCCACCUGCUCAGUGACAUCUCCCCGCCAGCUGAUGCCCUUAAGCUGCGUAGCCCACGGGGGAGCCCUGAUGGGAGUUUGCAAACUGGGAAGCCCAGCGCCCCCAAGAAGCUAAAGCUGGAUGUGGGGGAAGCUAUGGCCCCGCCAAGCCACCGGAAAGGAGAUAGCAAUGCCAACAGCGACGUGUGUGCGGCUGCACUCAGAGGCCUCAGCCGGACCAUCCUCAUGUGUGGGCCUCUCAUCAAGGAGGAGACUCACAGGAGACUGCAUGACCUGGUCCUCCCCCUGGUCAUGGGUGUACAGCAGGGUGAGGUCCUAGGCAGCUCCCCGUACACGAGCUCCCGCUGCCGCCGUGAACUCUACUGCCUGCUGCUGGCACUGCUGCUGGCCCCUUCUCCUCGCUGCCCACCUCCUCUUGCCUGUGCCCUGCAAGCCUUCUCCCUCGGCCAGCGAGAAGAUAGCCUUGAGGUCUCCUCUUUCUGCUCAGAAGCACUGGUGACCUGUGCUGCUCUGACCCACCCCCGGGUUCCUCCCCUGCAGCCCAUGGGCCCCACCGGCCCCACACCUGCCCCAGCUCCCCCUCCUGAGGCCCCAUCGCCCUUCAGGGCCCCACCCUUCCAUCCUCCGGGCCCCAUGCCCUCAGCAGGCCCCAUGCCCUCAGCAGGCCCUGUGCCCUCGGCACGCCCUGGACCUCCCACCACAGCCAACCACCUAGGCCUUUCUGUCCCAGGCCUAGUGUCUGUCCCUCCCCGGCUUCUUCCUGGCCCUGAGAACCACCGGGCAGGCUCAAAUGAGGACCCCAUCCUUGCACCUAGUGGGACUCCCCCACCUACUAUACCCCCAGAUGAAACUUUUGGGGGGAGAGUGCCCAGACCAGCCUUUGUCCACUAUGACAAGGAGGAGGCAUCUGAUGUGGAGAUCUCCUUGGAAAGUGACUCUGAUGACAGCGUGGUGAUCGUGCCCGAGGGGCUUCCCCCCCUGCCACCCCCACCACCCUCAGGUGCCACACCACCCCCUAUAGCCCCCACUGGGCCACCGACAGCCUCCCCUCCUGUGCCAGCCAAGGAGGAGCCUGAAGAACUUCCUGCAGCCCCAGGGCCUCUCCCGCCACCCCCACCUCCGCCCCCGCCUGUUCCUGGUCCUGUGACGCUCCCUCCACCCCAGUUGGUCCCUGAAGGGACUCCUGGUGGGGGAGGACCCCCAGCCCUGGAAGAGGAUUUGACAGUUAUUAAUAUCAACAGCAGUGAUGAAGAGGAGGAGGAAGAGGAAGAAGAAGAAGAAGAAGAAGAGGAAGAAGAGGAAGAGGAAGAAGACUUUGAGGAAGAGGAAGAGGAUGAAGAGGAGUAUUUUGAAGAGGAAGAAGAGGAGGAAGAAGAGUUUGAGGAAGAAUUUGAGGAAGAAGAAGGUGAGUUAGAGGAAGAAGAAGAAGAGGAGGAUGAGGAGGAGGAAGAAGAAUUGGAAGAGGUGGAAGACCUGGAGUUUGGCACAGCAGGAGGGGAGGUAGAAGAAGGUGGACCUCCACCCCCAACCCUGCCUCCAACUCUGCCUCCCCCUGAGUCUCCCCCAAAGGUGCAGUCUGAGCCAGAACCAGAACCCGGGCUGCUUUUGGAAGUGGAGGAGCCAGGGACAGAGGAGGAGCAUGGGGCUGACACAGCUCCCACCCUGGCCCCUGAAGUGCUCCCCUCCCAGGGAGAGGUGGAGAGGGAAGGGGAAAGCCCUGCGGCAGGGCCCCCUCCCCAGGAGCUUGUUGAAGAAGAGCCCUCUGCUCCCCCAACCCUGUUGGAAGAGGAGACUGAGGAUGGGAGUGACAAGGUACAGCCCCCACCAGAGACACCUGCAGAAGAAGAGAUGGAGACAGAGACAGAGGCCGAAGCUCACCAGGAAAAGGAGCAGGAUGACACAGCUGCCAUGCUGGCCGACUUCAUCGAUUGUCCCCCUGAUGAUGAGAAGCCACUGCCUCCCACAGAGCCUGACUCCUAGCCAUCUUCUGCACCCCACUCUUUGUUUCCAAUAAAGUUAUGUCCUUA